GACAAGAUGAUGGAAUCCACCAACCUUAUCCCCCAAAGAACCAACCACCCAAUGCCUCUGAUCAAGAAAAUUAGGCAAAAGAGAAGGAAAAGGGUAGGAAAAAAGAUUUUAAAAUAAAAAAUAAAAAAAGAACAGAGAUGGCAACAGCCUUCCUAUCAACAGCAAACACAUUCCAUUCUUCCACACCUUCAUCUCCAUCUUCAUCUUCAUCUUCAUCUUCUUCCUAUUUUACACCUCCAUUGAUAAGAUCAAGAUUUGGUUGCCUUUAUUGCCAUAAUAACACUAAACGGCUGGUUAUCUGCAAGAGUAGUAGUGACCCACCUUCCAAAAUUCCAGCUUUAACCAAGAGAACCCUCUCAAUCUGCUUCAUUUCCAGUUUCAUUUUCCCUCUUGUGGGUCAGGGAUUUUCCGAUGCGAAUGCUGCGAUUCUUGAAGCUGAUGAUGAUGAAGAGCUGCUGGAGAAGGUGAAGAAGGAUAGAAAGAAAAGGCUCGAGAAGCAAGGGGUUAUCAGUUCUGCCAAUAAAGAAAAAGGAUACCUCCAGGAACUUGUGUACAAGCUGAGCAAAGUAGGCCAAGCCAUUGAUAAUAAUGACUUCUCAACAGCAAGUUCAGUUCUUGGGGGUAGUAGUGAUGCAGAUUGGGUUAAGAAAGCCAAUUCAGCCUUCAACAAGCUGAGUUCAAGUCCCGAAGAGAAAUCUGAAGUGGACGCUUUCAACUCCUCUUUAGCUUCAUUAAUCUCAUCAGUUACUAAGAACGAUGUUGAAUCCUCCAAAACUGCCUUCGUAGCAUCUGCUAGUGCAUUUGAGAAAUGGACAGCCUUGGCAGGGCUUGUUGGACAGCUGAAGGGCCUUUGAGUUGAAAAAACAACGAUCUGCAUCGAUCUCAUUUUAUUCUAAGAAUGACCAACUGUAUUUUUAGUCUCUCCACCUAUCUUUUCUUCUCCCAAAUCUUUGCAAUUAAAAGUCAAAGAAGCUGAUUUUUCUUGUCAUCUUCUCACUGAGUUUCUGGUGUCAAUGUUAUUGAACUUUGAAUGGAUAGAUUCCAUUGGUUAAUUUGAAUUUUAUUAGUGAUUAUCCACGAAA